AUGGAUGGAUCCGUACAGCUUCAUUUAAGCGGAAAAAAUGUGGGUGUAUUUGAAGCGCUCUAUAACUCAACUAAGCCUGUUAGUCUUACAAACUAUGCUGUUGAAUUAUGUAAACCUGGUCAAAUAACCACAACAAAAACUGAAAUUCCAUUUGAAUUACCAUUGAAAAGUAAAUCCAAUAAACCACUAUAUGAAACGUAUCACGGUGUCUUUGUUAACAUCCAAUAUUUUAUCCGAGUUGAUGUAAAACGAACAUUUUUAUCGAAAGAUAUGAUGAAACAAAUUGAAUUUAACGUAGAAUACAAGUGCAUUGGCUGA